UAAAAUUAAUUGAGCCGGACAAGAACUCGAGACUGAAACCCUCAGAUUGAAGCUAGUAUCGUCCGGUGGCAGGAUGGGAGCAGACACGAUCGUAGUUGCAGACAAGAUUGAGGACUUGCUCGAUGUCUGUCUCCUUCUCUUACCCCCUGCUGCUAGAUACGAUGAUAUCGAUGAUCUCAGAAGCCUGGCUUCAGAUGGCGUCUCUCUUAACUCUCGUGAUUCACAAGGCCGAACAGCACUGCAUAUGGCCGCAGCGAAUGGACAUCUGACUAUAGUGGAGUAUCUUAUCAGUCAAGGAGUGGAUAUUGAUGCUCUUAACGAUGAGAACAAUGCUCCUUUACAUUGGGCAUGCUUGAAUGGCCGCGUUGAGGUGGUGAAGAAAUUGAUCUUGUCAGGAGCUAGUCUAAGCCUUUUGAAUCGGUACGAGCGGACUCCGAUGGAUGAAGCCAUUGGUGCGCAGAAGAUGGAGAUUAUAGAUGCUAUUAACACAACUGUUGCACAAAUGGAACUUGAAAAUACCAGUGUGUCAUGAAUGUUCAGACACCUUCGUCAUAAGCAUCCUAAUUUUUUUUCCUUUAAUCCCUCUGUCUCCCUGAUUUACAGUUGAAGUUUUGUAUUUUGGGAUCCUUGGUUUGUUACCUAGACUAGCAGCUGUUAGAAGUGUAAUCAUAUGAAUCUAAAAGUUUUGGUUGCAAUACCCACAACGAAGGGCUGGACCAGUUUGGUUUUAUUUGAAUUGUAGUUUUGCAUUA